AUGCAGCUCAUCCUCACUAUCCUCCUGCUUGCUUCGCUCGUAGCUGCGCUCCCUCACACCGCUCCAGCACCAGUCAAGCGCGCGACCGGUUGCCUCGGAUCGACCUUCGUCCGUGGCCCUCGACCAGGCAUCACUGUCGAUCUCCUCGACUGCGAUGGUGCCGCCGUGCUAUUCUGGGACAUUGAGCGUGGAGCCGGUAAGGUCAAGGUGUCAGGGCUGGGGCUGGUCCUGGACGCCGGCUUUACUCCGGCCAACUUUGGGUUCCUCACUACUGAGACACCGGUGGAUGGCAAGCCUGCCCAGAACUGGUACUACACCGACGACAACCGUAUCGCCAUCACCGGUGGCAACCAAUGCCUCGAUGACGACGGGACCAGGCUGCAGACGUACCAAUGCACCACCGGGAACACGAAUCAAAUCUUCUAUGCUGAUACUCCCCCCAACAACGAGCCCCAGCCCGUCAACCCUUAUCCCGACAUCCCCCAAGGCGCAGUCUAUCCUGACCAAGGCGCGGACCGUCGCCGCAUCCAUCCUCUCAACCGCGGCGACCUAUGCGUGACCGUUCUCGGUGGCUCGUUCGUGAUCGGCAACUCGGUCGGCAUUGCUUACUGUCUCCCCGACACCAAUCCUCUAUCGACAUACCAAAUCUUCAACAUUCAAGCUACCGCCUCCCGCGUGCCUGGGCCUCUGCGAAUCGCCGAUGCUCCGAUGCUCCAGGGUCUCUGCCUCUCCUCAUCUUUGCAGAACGGGGCGGGCGUGACGGUGCAAUUCUGCGGGCCUGAGUCGACACGGUGGCAGUAG